AUGGCAAACACCUUCUCUGCUCUUUCGCUAAAGAGAAAUCGCUCUGCCAGUGCUUCAUCCAAGAAGGAGUCCAAGCUAAAUGCCAUUAUCAGCAGGCUUGCCAGUUCAUUUCAGAGCAACAAAAAGAGAAAGCAGUUCAAUGGUAGUAGCAUAUCAGACACCACGCAUCGAAGAUCUUCAUUGAGCGCCAUCAUUGACUAUUUUCGAUCGACAGAAGAGCCAGAUGAGCCACAUCCAUUUGCCAAUGACGCAUGGUUUGAACAAAACCGGUAUAAGCAGCAGAAAAAGACAAACAACGCAAGUCUGAUACAAAAGGAGCAUACCUCAUCACUGCCCAUUCACAACACUACUGGCAUCCUUAUGAAGCGUAACUCGCCCAACGCUUCCUUGUUCAAUACAAAUCCUCAGAUGCCAAGAUAUCACCACCGACACACACAGAGCACACAGUCUGCCAUCACAGCAACCACAAGGAGAAAGAAGGCCAGCCAUAUUCGACACUAUUCGCAUGUCUCAUGCAUUUCUGCUUCCAACAUUACUGUGAAUUCAGAAGAUUUAACGGCCAAAGAAUUUGCAGAUAUCGCAGGAAUUAGAAUUCUAUCUGAAGAUGACGACCAUGAUUUUGAACACGACAAUGAAUACUCGCUGACGAGGAGAAAAAUAUGUACAUUUUGUGGCGAUGAAGAAAACGACAUUCCAUCCUUGAUCAUCACUUCGAGUAGAAUCACCAGAAAUAGCGACAAUAACAAUGUACAUAACAGGAGCGAAAUCAUGAUGGACGAUGACGACGAGGACGACGAUGUAGAAGAGUACAGUGCCAGCAUGUUUGAGCAAGAGCCCCAGAUUUGGGAUCAGGAUUUCUGGCAGAGACCAGGUGAGGAGGAGGUAUCCGAGAUAUCACGAUCACCAGCCAAGCCAACACCACCUACAUCCAGCAACAGCACCAUAGAGCCACCACCCAUUUUGCAUGAAUUAAAACGCAAUAGUCAGUACAACAUGGCUUUAAAUCAGGACACUUUUAUCAAGAAGGGUAGAUUUGAGAUCCACCUCAACAGUGCAACAUCGAGUAAUAUGAUUGAGUCAAUUGCAGCUGCACCCAAAAUCCAGAGACCUGAUGCAUCAUCAUCGUCUGCAGUGGUCGAAUGGAAGCGUAAAUCAAAGCAUACUACUACUAAUACCAACCCAUUGAAACAUCAAGUCACUGCAUAG